GUGCGCUGCUUGCUUGGGACCCCAUUGUUUGUGCAAGAAGGUCAAACCCUGAUAGGCCAUGUGACCAUGCGCGCCAACUCACGACAGUCAUACGAUGUUCAAAUUGAGCUGGUCGUUCCGGGCAGCCAAACUAAGAUCACAAAUAGCUUGGAUUUGAAGAACCCACACUUUCGCUACAAUGGUUAUCCACCUGCUCCACCGCCGGGGUCUCAUGUUCGUUCCCCCACCGAGACUUACUACGCAAAUUUGUGCUUACAACAACAGCAACAGCAACUUCAAGUGCAAGCUCAGCCAAACACCGGCUUAACUGUUCCGCUAGCCGCGGCAGCUGCGGCCGCGGCUGCCGCAUCAACCGGUCCACUGUUUGCUAUGCACCCAACUGCAUUUGUUCCAGCAUCUGGCUCGGCCGAGUCCACUCUUACUCAGGCUCCACUCCAAUCCAUGCAAAUGUCCCCCCAACCGGUCACCCCAUCCUCAGUAGCCGUGGCCAGUCAUUCCUCCACUGGCGUAGCACCACCUCAGUCCCAUCCGCCACACGGUGCUGUUCUCCUGGACCCAGCGACAGCUGCGGCAGCAGCAGUCUCGGGUUUAUUCUGCAAUCCGAACGUUCCGGUCGUCGCAGAGGAUCCGAUCUCCCAUUCGACCAAUGGUUGGCGUCCAGGUAAAUAA